AUGGACAAGAUUUCCUGCCCGUUUCCCAGUUGUUCUGUCUUGGUUAUUUUUUCAGAUGCCCGUACUCAGCGUGAGUACGAUGAGAGCCAUAUUAUUACUGCACGCAAGAUUGAACAGAGUCCUACAGGGGAGUAUCUGGUACCGGAUUCAGAGGAGUUGGAGUGUGUCAGAUACUGUGUUGUGUAUGAUUGCGAGACCAGCUCCCUGGAUCUCUGUGAUUAUGAGAAAGAGAAGAGUGAAAAAGGGGCCCAUGCUUCUUCAGAGAUCGAAAAUGCUGAGUCGAGUUCCUUAUGCUCAUUGAAUGCUGAAGAAGGAACUGCUGUCCGAUAUGGCAGAGACUUAGAACAGUUCACCCGCCAUCCCGUGCUCAUCCUGAGGGGAGGAUACAAGCGUUUUUCAGCCUGCUAUCAUUUUCUGAGGACUCAGAAGUUAUUCUGGAUGCCUCAGGAACUAGACAACUUGCAGCCAUACCCUGUAGAGAUACUGCCUGCAAAGUUAUAUAUGGGCAAUUUCAAGCAGGCCUGUAACCGACAAAUUCUGAAGGACUUGAAGAUCAAAGCGCAAGUCAACAUCUCUGAGCAGCCUGCAGCACUGUUUGCAGAAGACAAGCUCCUCCAUAUAGCUGUUCCAGAUUCUCCCGGUGCAGAUCUUUUCUCUUCCUUUUCCACCAUUUGUCAUUUCAUAGAUGCUCAGCUGGAUUAUGGAGCAGUGCUGGUGUUCUCUAGCCUGGGGAUAAGUCGGAGCAGCACAGUAACCAUGGCCUAUCUUAUGCAUUCCUCACAGUUUUCCCUGAAGGAAGCUUGGGAAUACGUUCAGAAAUGCAAAACAAACACGAGACCAAACCGGGGCUUUGUGAAACAGCUUUCAGACUGGGAGACCCAAAUCUAUGGGACCACCAUCACAGAUAUCUCCGAACCAAAUUAUUGACAGAAGCAAAGAGAACACCCAGCAGGGAAAGGCACUUUCCUGUCCGUGCCAACAUCUGGCCUCUCGGUAGAAGGUGACUUGAACUGUGUUUGAAAAACACCUUAACAUUAUGGAAGAGCUUUCAUCUUUAGCAGGUAACAUUUUGGGUCGAGUUGUGGAGACAUUAGGGAAACUUACUUCUGCUGUUGAAGGUGGUAGUUUGGGGAAAGCAAGGCCAGAAGGGUGUGGCCCCUUACGCAGUACUCAUCUCUUUCAUAAUCGAAGGUGAUUACAACCACAUUAUCAGCCAUGCUCAUUACCCCAGCUAUAGGGAAAUCAUGAGGACUCUCUGAAAAAGUUUAUUGAUCCGUAGCGAGGGAUGGUUAUUUGAGAGUUUGACAGCAUCCAGUUCCAGCCCGGAGAGAUAAGGACAGAAUUUCCUCAUUUCAGAAGCUCCUCCAUUCUGAAUGUAUCUUCUCAGAUACUGGCAGACACCAGGACCCAGAAACAGCCUCUCACAGACUCGCUGAUUUGGUUGCGCUGGGGCAGCCCCGUCUAGCAAGACUUCAUAUGUGCCUUCCACUUACCUCCUCCUAAUACAAUAACCUAACUUCUUUGCAUGGCAGAGAAUUUUGAAGCACUUAUCCUGUUAAAUAAAAUCCAAAUUCAAUACUAUCCUGUCUUUUAGCACUGGAAAUUCUUUGU